UCUGAGUAUUAUAAACUCGAAGUUCCAAUUGGAACGUCGACUGGCCGACGUGCGUCGUUCGUUGAGCGCAUAUAAACAAUAAAAAGCGUAAUUUUAAUUGAAUUAAGACAAUAACAACAACGGUCUCUGGGACUCGGUUGCCUUGCCAUAUGUGACAGCAAACCCAUACAUGCGCCCGUAAACUUAAAAACAUCUGUUCCAGCGCGGAUGCGGGUGCACAAAAGUGAAAUUUUCCAGUAAAAAGUGAAAGAGAAAACGAGAGAUUGCCAAAGUGCUAACUGUAAAUCCUGGCCAUGUCAUCAAUUGACUUCGAGAGCAUCAACAACAACAAUACAUACGGAUAUGCGAGCAACAAUAACAUCAUCAUGCAAAAGCCAGCACCCGCCUCCUCUGCGACCGCCCCCGCCACUGCCCAGCUGAUCCAGGUCAGCUGUUCCAACGAAAAGGAAUUGGAUCCCCUGGCCAGCAGCGCGGCCAUAACAUCAAAUCUCUCCUCCGCCGCAGCUCUCGCUCUCGACUCCUCGGAGGACAGCGAGUGCGACCCCUUCCUCGCCAGCAACGCUCCCAGUCGGAGGGGCAUCCGCCCUUUCGCCUCGACCUCCUCCUCCGUGCUUCGCAGCCGGAUGCGGAGCUCGUGGUGGGGGCGCGCCCAUGCCUUUCUCUCCCGCAACUGGUACCUCGGAUGCCUGGUGCCCGUCUCUAUCCUGGGCGCUCUGAUCUUCGUCGGCUGGGCGACGCGUGACUACGCACGCCAGCUGCUCUUCUGGAUCGAGAAGCAAAACCCUUGGCUGACCUUCGCCGUCUACAUGUCACUAUUCACGCUAGUCAGCUUUCCCGUGGUAGUUGGCUACUUCGUCCUGCUUAUCACCGCCGGUUACCUGUUCGGCUGCCUGCGUGGAUGGCUUACCGUGAUCCUGGGCGCAAACCUUGGCAUCGCCAUCGCCCACGCUACCAUCCGCAGCUGCAGGCAUCGAAUUCCUGUUCAGAGGCUGAUCAAGAAUGAUACGGGACGAGCCAUUCUCCGCGUGAUUUCUGGACCAAGGGCUUUCAGGGUGGUGCUCUUCACACGACUCACGCCCAUUCCCUUCGGAGUACAAAAUGUAAUAUUCGGAAUCAGUUCCGUCAAUACGAGAGACUACCAUGUUGCCACUAUGAUUGGGCUUCUGCCAGCCCAAACUAUAAAUGUUUACUUGGGCUCCACACUGAGGUCCAUGCACGAGGUUCUAAAUGAUAAUGGAACCAAGCUGACCGGCUACAUAAGCUUCGUUUUUGAGGUUAUAUGUGGUGCGGCUCUGAUGUUCUGGGUUGUGCAAAAAGCGAGAAAGGAGCUGUCAGAGACCCUGUUAAUCGCUGAUUACAACAACGACGGCAAGCACCCUGAUAUUCAAGUAUAACAGGAGCGACUUCGGGAGGGGAGUCCCCAAAAGAGACCAGAGAGCAUCCCCGGCUCCCAGUGAACCUCCUGGUCUGGAGGACAAGACUGCGUUAUUGCAAUAACUAGUUUAAGAAAAGGUGGUUUACGGAUAAUAUUUUGUUAAUUUAUGCUCAAGGCAAUGCCAACGAUACCAAACAUUACGCUAAUUUAAAGUGAUUGUAUGUUUACUGGUUCCAAUCAGAAGCUUUCCCAAAACUGGGUUCGAGAGUACCCAAAACGCUGAACAUCACAAUUAAAUUCUUACAAAUAGGCAUAUUUUUAACUAAGUCAAAGCCUCGCUCUUAAGCCGAUCUGUUUAGGCAUCGAUUUUCGGUCAUAAUGCUGCUCUCUACCGAUGUUCAAUUACUAGAUUGUAAGCAAAGCGAAUAAAUGAGCUCUGAAGUACAA